AAUUGAAACUACCGAAGAAUAUAGACCAAUAUAUAUGCAAUCACAAGCAAAUACAGAACCUAUUCCAAAGUCCAUUUUGGUUGUAUCAAAAAUUCAGGGUUACAUUAAUUGUGAAGAUUGUGAAAAACGUCACUGUGUGUAUAGUGAAAAAUCCUUAACUCAUGAAGAACAAGAAGAUCAUCAACAAGCAUUAGAGUUAUAUUCGUAUUCUUGUGAUACACCAAUUUUUCCUGAUGAUCAUUAUUUAAAGGAAGUAGUGUUUGUGCGCAUCUGA